AUGCAAGGCAAUAACAACAGCUCUUAUGUGGGUUUCGAUCUACGAACCCACCACCAUCAUCAUCAUCAUCAACUGUCCCCUUUUACAUCCCACCUUAAUAAUAAUAAUAACCCUAUGCAAGGACCUUCAUCUUCAUCGCUCGUUCCCCAAACCAUCCACGAGAAUUUUCCCCUCACCACUCAAGAAACCCACCCGUUAUCCCUAACCGAUUACAACAAGCCCGAUCAGAAAACUAAUUCGGCUAGCGAUGAAGACGAUCCGAGUUUCACCGAAGACAACCCCGAAAGUUCUAACAGGGGAAGAAAGUCAACCUCCCAAUGGCAACGCGUGAAGUGGACAGACACAAUGGUUCGGCUGCUAAUAACGGCCGUCUCGUACAUAACCGAGGAAUUUGGGCCCGAACAUGGCCCGAGAAAGAAAUUCGCAAACUUGCACCACAAAAAGGGUAAAUGGAAAUCCAUCUCGAAAGUCAUGGCUGAACGCGGCCACUUGGUUUCUCCCCAACAGUGUGAAGAUAAAUUCAACGACCUUAACAAACGCUACAAGAGGCUGAACGAAAUUUUGGGGAGGGGGACCUCUUGCGAGGUUGUUGAGAAUCCCACGCUUUUGGACUUGAUGGACCAUGUUUCCGAAAAGGCCAAAGACGAGGUCCGGAAGAUUCUGAGUUCGAAACAUUUGCAUUACGAGGAGAUGUGCUCGUACCAUAAUGGAAACCGCUUGCACUUGCCGCCUGACCCGGAUUUGCAGCAUUCUUUGAGGUUGGCAAUGAGGAGCCGAGAAGAUCAUGAUGAAGGUAACUUAAAAAGGCAUUUGAAUGAAGAGAAUGAUGAAAUUGACGAUCGGGAGGUGGGAUUUGAUGAGCUUGGUGGGUUUGAGGAGAAUUCAGGCAAGAGAGUCAAACAAUGCCCGAGCCAUGAGGAAUUUAGCUUCAAGAAUUCUCUUGGUGUUAAUUUUUUGGUGGAAAAUGAUAGUGUGUGUGCUGAGGGAGCGAAAAUGAAUGUGAUCUCUCGAAAAACUGAGGCGGGCCAUUGGAAUAAGCUUCAGUUGGAGGAGCAGAGGCUGCAUAUAGAGGCCCAAAUGCUGGAAUUAGAGAAAGAGAAAUUUAAGUGGCAGAGGUUUUGUCGUAAAAAGGAUCGAGAGCUGGAGGUAAUGAGGAUGGAGAUUGAGAGGAUGAAGCUCGAGAACGAGAGAAUGGCUUUGGAAAUAAGGCGAAGGGAGAUGGGUUUGGAUGACAAUUGA